UCUAGUAAGGAGAAGAAUGUUCCGUGUCAGGCUGCUCUCGGUACAAUGCAUAUAUCAAUUUUAAAUAUGGUGUUUUGAUAAUAUUUGCCUUUUACUAACGUAAGUUUUCGAUAUUUAUGAAUGUGUGCUUAAAAAACUGGAAAAAGAACGAAGAUAAUUUCAGCUAUGUCUAAUCUAGGUGUGUCAACUGAGCUUGAUGUGUAUGACGACCUCCUCCUAUACGUUACAACAGAUAAAUUUUACCUGGAACCCCAGAUAUCCCGAAGUGAAGUACUUGUUAUAGAUCGUGUAUCAAGAGAAAUCUCUCUCCAAGCACACAAGGACCAAAUUCCUUUACAUGCAACCAGUAAGCCAGUCUGUGGAAUCAUUGGAGUUAUUAAUCUACUUUCAGGGCCAUAUCUUGUCGUAAUUACUAAGAAGUCUAAAGUUGGAGAAAUCAAUGGUCAAAGUAUAUGGAGAGUAGAAGAAACAGAAAUCCUGUCAUAUUCUAGAACACUGUUACAUCUUACUGAAGAACAAGUAUGUUGAGCUGAGAAAAAUAUUAACAAACUCUAUCUGUCUUUGGUGCAGUCUGUUCUCCACACUCCUUACUUUUACUUUUCUGCUACGUAUGAUGUGACACAUACACUACAAAGGCUUUAUAACACAAGCCCUGAGUUCCUGCAAAUGCCCCUUUUUGAAAGAGCUGACCAGCGGUUUGUGUGGAACAAUCACUUAAUGAGAGAUUUCUUAGCUCAGCCAGAGCUUCAUCGCUACUGGCUUCCUGUUAUUCAUGGAUUCAUGGCAAUUAAAACUAGCAUUAUCAAUCAGAAAACAUUUUCAUGGUGUCUGAUUUCAAGGAGAAGUUGCUUACGUGCAGGCACACGAUAUUUUAUGAGAGGCCUGGACUCCGAAGGUCAUGUUGCCAACUAUAUUGAAACAGAACAAAUUGUAGAGUUUGAUGGCAGCAAAAGUUCUUUUGUACAGACUCGAGGAUCGGUUCCUCUGUAUUGGACUCAGAUGCCAAAUCUGAAACGAAAGCCUUCACCUCAAGUUAUUAACAAUCAGAACCACAUUGAUGGUUUCUCCAAACACUUUGACAACCAGAUAUUUAACUAUGGAAGACAGGUUCUAAUUGAUUUGAUAGACCAGAAGGGUGCCGAAGGAUGCCUAGGGAAGAGUUUUGCAGAAAUGGUUCAACUUGGUAGGAAUUCAAACAUAAGGUAUGAAGCUUUUGAUUUCCAUCAUGAGUGCAGAAGAAUGCGAUGGGAUCGUUUGUCAAUUUUAAUUGAUAGAUUAGCAUCAGUGCAAGAUGACUUUCGGUAUUUUCACAUGCUAAAAGAUGGCACUGUUGCAUGUGUACAAGAUGGGGUAUUUAGAACCAACUGUAUUGACUGCCUUGACCGAACCAAUGUUGUUCAGAGUCUUUUGGCAAGGAGAAGUCUUGACCAACAAUUAAAGAGAUUAGGAAUAUUAAGAGAAAGACAGAGGAUCGAAGAUCAAGUGAGCUUUGAAUUUGUGUACAGAAGUGUGUGGGCAGACAAUGCUGAUGUGUGUAGUAUCCAGUAUGCUGGAACAAGUGCUUUGAAAACAGAUUUCACAAGGACUGGAAAAAGAUCUGGAGUAGGCUUGCUCAAGGAUGGCUGGAAUACAUUGAUAAGAUACUACAAAAAUAACUUUGCUGAUGGGUUCAGACAGGAUGCAAUAGACUUGUUUCUUGGUAACUAUGUUGUUGAGGAGAAUGAAGGAGUUUCAAAGCUAUGUCCACUGAUGGAGAAGAAGGACUGGAAAUUCUUGACUCUUCCAGUUAUUCUGCUGGUAGCAUUGGCUAUGUGUUUCAUCUGUCUUCUUAUUCCUGCAGUUCACACCACAGAAACGAUCAUGUACAUGAUGUUCUGGGCUGUAAUGGUUGCAGUCACGUUAAGUGUCAUCAUGUAUUAUGGUGUGGAAUUUGUAGACUAUCCAAAGUUACGAGAAUUCCGACCAAAGAUUAAACAUGAGUGAUCAUGUGGGAAUGUUUAAUCAAUUAUGCUGAAGUAGCAGUUUCAAUCAUGUCAUUAUGGGAUUAUUUUAAAUGACAAGUGUAAUUUAAGUGGUGUGUGUGUGUGCCAAAGCACUUCAGAGGUUGUAUAAUGUUUUUUGGUUUUAAGUCUAAUCAGAUAACCAGUUAUCAGUUAAAUCAAUGAAGCUUUAAUAUAAAUCCACUGGUUAUUGGUUAAACUGGGAUAUUCUUUGAUGAACAUGAUUUUUGGAUGUAAAAUAAGAAUUUGUUGCUUAUAUUUAAAAUCAUGCAAAUCUGUUUCUUGUGAAUCUUUAUCUCAGGUACAUUCUUCUGAUUCUUUAAUAGCUUUAAAUUUGUUUUAUUUUCAAAUAAAUUUAACAGAUGGAGUUAAUCUGGCUAUUUAUUUUGGUUAUUUCUUGAUUAUUUCAUGUGGAAACUAUAACAUUUUGCAAACAACAUUAAAGAAAUGUGGACGAUGCUUAACAUGUAUGUUCUAGUAUUUAAAAUUCUGCAGCUACAUUUGAAAAUCUCCUAUUAAUUCAUAUAAUUGACAAUUGAAGCAUAAGUAAUGUUAUGAAGCAUUGCAUUUGAUAUAAAUGUAAGUAGUUCAAGAAUGAAAAUAAAAUUGCUUGUUAUUUAAAUAAUAGUAACAAAUGGAAAUAACUGUGUGUUUUAUUAGAUGGCAAAUAAUAAUACAUUUUCUCCAACACUAAUGUGACAAAAGUUUUAAUCUUUACAUUCACUACAUUUGAAGAUGAAUGUUGAAGAGAAUGAGGUAUUACUAAACAUAUCUUUGAUAAGUUAGGUUUUCUUAUGGUUCAGGAAUGUAGAAGAUAAAACUAAUAACUUGUUAAAUAUGUAUCCUGUUCUGGAAAAAAAUUAAAUUUGUAGGUUGUCUGAUAACAGGUAGUUAAGCUGUUAGCUUAGCCUAGAAAGAGAAAGGUAAUAACUUGUUAAAUUUUUAGCCAAGUCUGUAAAUGUAAAGAUAAUAGCUUCUUAAACUUAGUAGUUUGAUCUGGAAUAUGAAACCUUGUUUGGAACUAAAACAAUAAUCUUUUUUUUUUUUCACUUAUUGACAGUGAAUAUAAAUGUUACUUAUUUCUCUGUUAAAAAAAUAGUUUGGUGUUACUAAUUUUUUGUGUCAAAGCCACCCUUUUGUGUUAAAUAGUUGUAGCUUGUAGACUGGCUGAAUAACAUUUGUUUACUUAUAGUAUAAA